GCGCGCCGCUGCACCCGCUCGCGCUGGGCAACGUGGCCACGCUGCGGCGCAUGCUCGACGAGCACCCCCGCGAGCUGGGCCACGUGCGCGUCGUCGGCGUCGGCGGCGUCCUGGACGCCGGCGGGUGCGCGCGCAUGAGGGCCGCGGGGGCGUACGCCGUCGCCGUGGCCACGGGGCUCGGGGCCAAGGGCGUCGGGGUGUUUGAGGAGAUUGCGCAGGGGAGCGGUGGUGGUGGUAGUGGUCUUGCUAGGGGCGGUGGGGAUGGGAAGGGAGGAGCAGGAGGAGGACGAGGAGGGCAACGGCGGCAGCAGCAAAAAUCUCUACUGUGA